AUGGAGAGUCCGGAGGCGGGGGGCACGGUGUCCCCCGAGGAGGAUUUCUCCUUCGUGAGCCCCAUAGUGAAGUUCGUGCUCUUCUUCUUCAACAUGCUCUUCUGGGUGAUCUCCAUGGUGAUGGUGGCAGUGGGGGUCUAUGCCUGGCUGCUGAAGCAUGCAGAGGCGACCAUGGCGUGCCUGGUGGUGGACCCCGCCAUCCUCCUCAUCGUGGUCGGUGUCCUCACCUUCCUCAUUGCCUUCUGUGGUUGCAUUGGCUCCUUACGGGAGAACAUCGUCCUGCUGCAGGCGUUCUCCAUCUGCCUGGCCAUCAUCUUCCUCCUGCAGCUGGUCGCUGGUGUGCUGGGCUUUGUCUUCUCCGAUAAGGCACGUGGGAAGGUCAGUGAGAUCAUCAAUGGUGCCAUCAUGCACUACCGGGAUGACCUGGACCUGCAGAACCUCAUUGACUUUGGGCAGAAGGAGUUCAGCUGCUGUGGGGGUAUCUCCUACAAGGACUGGUCCCAGAACAUGUACUUCAACUGCACCACGGACAACCCCAGCCGGGAGCGCUGCUCCGUCCCCUUCUCCUGCUGCCUGCCGGAUGACGACGAGGUUGUCAUCAACACCAUGUGUGGACAUGGCAUACAGGCCAUGGGCUACGUGGAGGCCAGUGCUGUCAUCUACACCCAUGGCUGCAUCGACAGCUUGGUCAACUGGAUCAACAGGAACCUCUUCCUGCUGGGGGGCAUUGCGCUGGGGCUGGCAGCCCCACAGCUGGUGGGCAUCCUGCUGGCUCAGAUCCUCAUCAACCAGAUCAGAGACCAGAUCAAGCUGCAGCUCUACAACCAGCAGCACCGGGCAGACCCCUUGUACUGAUCCCGGUGCAUUGCAGCGUCUGUCCCCACCAGGAUUUCCAAACCCUGGAUCCGUAGGAAGAGCUGAAGGGACUUUGCUGGAGAAGAGGAAGGUUGGAGCUGUGGAUGCUGGAUCCGUGCACUGUGGCUGGGUUUGGCUGGGACGUAUCAAGCUGCUGUGCCCUGUUUGUGGGACCAAAUUGCUGUCUGUCUGUAUGUCUGUCCUGGGGGACUCUGAGCUGAUGUGCAGAUUGUGCCUGAAGCACUGGGAUGUGCUUCCCAUCUCUUGUGCUGGAGAUGAGCAUUUGUCUGUCUGUCCAUCCAUGCCCUGAGCUGCCUUUACCCGGGCUCCAGAACUGCAGAAGUUCUUCCAAUCACUGGUGCCACAAACCCCAUUGGCAUCCUGCGGGUGACCCAUGAGACAGUCGAGGGCUUUGCUUGCUGGCUGGGAGCAGGAGCCAUCAGCAGUGUGUCUACCUGGAAGAAAGAGGAAGAGGAGGGUGUCCUGCCCAGUGCUGAUCCAUGGGUGCUUCUCUAGCCCAGGGCUGGGGUCCCAUCUCUGCCCCCAGGGGGGCUCAAACCCCUCCAUGGGGUGCUG